CUAGCCGGAAGUCAGCGAGUUCGUGUCAUUUGACCUUUAUCUGUCAGUGUUUUGGUCAGGGGAUUAAAGCGUAAUGAGACGCGUAGGAAUAGCUUAAUGACGGUCUCCUCACUCGUGGUCUGUACUUACUUCAUUGAUCACUGCAAGAACUUCUCAUCAAACUCUCGAUCUUUUUCUGAAAUUUCAUAAUGUCUCAACAGAUCAGCCUCCCUGCCAAGUUGAUUAACGGUGGUAUUGCUGGCAUCGUUGGGGUCACUUGUGUCUUUCCCAUUGAUUUGGCUAAAACCAGACUCCAGAACCAGAGACCAGGCCAGCAAGUCUACAAGAGCAUGAUUGACUGCCUCAUCAAAACAGUGCGAUCUGAGGGUUACUUUGGCAUGUAUAGAGGUGCCGCAGUUAAUCUUACAUUGGUCACUCCUGAGAAGGCCAUCAAACUGGCAGCCAAUGACUUCUUCCGGCACCACCUCUCCAAAGACGGGAGAGGGCUGCCUGUAUUUAAAGAGAUGUUGGCUGGAUGUGCUGCGGGCAUGUGCCAGGUUGUCAUCACCACUCCAAUGGAGAUGCUGAAAAUUCAACUACAGGAUGCUGGGAGACUAGCCGCUCAGCAAAGAAAACCAGGCAUCAUCACACCCAACAGACUGGCCACCACAAACGCGGUGCUGAGUCGCUCCUACAAUGUGAUACCCAGCACUUCACACAGGGCCAUAUCUGCCACCCAGAUCGCAAGUGAGUUACUGCACACUCAAGGCAUUCAGGGGCUCUACAAAGGCCUUGGAGCAACUCUAUUGAGAGACGUACCUUUUUCGAUCAUUUACUUCCCACUCUUUGCCAAUUUGAACAAGUUGGGUAAGCCCUCCUCUGAAGAUGCGGCACCGUUUUAUUGGUCCUUCAUCUCUGGAUGUGUUGCGGGCUCCACAGCUGCUGUUGCUGUUAACCCAUGUGAUGUGGUUAAGACCAGGCUGCAGUCUCUGAACAAAGGAGCCAAUGAGGAAACCUACAGUGGCAUAAUUGACUGUUUCAGCAAGAUCUUCAGGCGAGAAGGGCCGUCUGCAUUCCUGAAGGGUGCGGGUUGCAGGGCUCUAGUCAUCGCACCGCUGUUCGGCAUCGUGCAGGUCAUGUACUUCAUCGGUGUCGGAGAGUUUAUCAUGAGCCAGGCCCCCCUAAAGCUAAUCUCUGACUGAACAGACACCCAUACCUCUGAGUCGACCAAGACUGUGGCAGCUACACAACCAACUGUACAUUUACAAGAAGAGAUAAACAUUAAUCAAGAUGAUGAAGUUGGCGAGAGAACGGCAAGUUCUCCUCUGGUUAAGUUCCUGUGAGUUUAUCCAGCCUUACCGCACUUCCUCUGGUUUACAGGCUUCUUUGAUGGGCUGUAGCCAACAUUUUGCACUUGUUGGUAAGGAUGUCUGGAGGAGAGCGCUUAUGAUGUGCUUACAUUUUCUAGAAGCAUAUGUGAAAGUUUCCCCUCAAUGAGGAAGACUGGUGUUGCUGUAAUGACACUAAUGUUUUUGUUGACUCUUUUUUUCACCUCCAUCUAUUCACUUUGUACAAUUAUUUUUGCAUUAAUACUUGCUUUUGUCUGUCUUUUCCCUGAUUUAGAAUUCAUUUAUUUCUGUUACUUUCACUGUUUUCAGUGUCUAAACAAUAGGGUUACUUGAUGCUUUUGAAGACUUCAGACCUUGUUACUCUAAAAUUUGUUACUAGUUUUAGGGAAUAUCAUUGGCUUUUAUUCCGUUGACGCACAUGUCCUCCAUUGUGGUUUAUGAACCGAUUUGUGGAAAGUAUGUGAGGUACUUGAUGGUCUAUCUUGAUGGUUUCCCUAAAACAGACCAACAUUUGAUGCAUAUCAUUUUUAUGCAACAUAUAACAAUUUUGUAGACAUUUUAUUGCAUUUCCUUCCGUUACAUGGACCACCACAUGUUACAACUUUAGUUGCUUGAGAUUUCUAAUCUCAAAGCAUAGGUCAUUCUUUUUAUCCAAAAAGUUGAUCCAUCAUAAAGUUUGAGGCACCCAGCCUUGAACAAAACGCUGUAUAUUUAAGUGCUAUGUUUUGACUUCAGUAUUAACAUCUACCAACAAUAACACUUCAGUGCAACAUGUAUUCAUUUCUGUUCAAUGGAAAUGGUGCUAUUAUUCAACAUGCAAAAAUAAAAAAGCAAAUUUUUA